ACAGAUAGGAGCAAAUGCAGGACUUGUCAAUGCAUUUAAUUGCGUAUAAGCGAUACAAAUAGCAAUAUAGUGCGCGUGCGCACGUUCGUAUGCGUGUGAGUGCCCUGGUGGCCUGAAGCUGUGCCAGCUGCUGCUGAUCUCCACAUCAUUGACUUUUUGGACUUCCCCGCGAUCAGUUCGUGCAAUGCAGGCUCAACUCGAUAAUCUGCAUUUGGAUGAUUUGCCCUAUCUGGAACGUGAUCUUAACUUGCCACAAAAGGUUUCCCUGGCCUUUCUACUGUUCGGAGAUCAGCACGCCUUGGCCAGCUACAUAUUGCAGCGACUGUUGGCGCUUAUGCGCGCACCGCCAACGGAACAGCUUCACAGUGAUCUACUGCGUCAGUACGCCCAGACGAAUCCGGCCAACUGGCGUGGCCAUCUGGUCGAGGCGCUCUGCAUCAUCGGCGCACGCCAAGUGCUCCGCAAAUUGGGCUUCCGGUGGUCUGAGCUGCGCCUACAUUAUUUACCCCAUGUCCGGGAGCUGACGCUGCACGUGCAUCCGCUGCUGAAGGCCCUGUACAAUAUUUGCGAGCAGCUGACGGUGGCGCAGAGCGGACGCCUCGUCCUAGAUAUCAACGACAAGCUGGCCCGAAGGCGCAUAUCCGGCGAGCAUGAUGAGCCCUUGCGCUUCUAUGACUACUCGUACUUGGAGAUCUUUCUGCUCGACUGGCUGACUCGUCAUCAUCUACGCCUGGGCGACAUCGAUGCUAUUGGCAGCGAUGUGCAACUGCUCAUUGAGUACUUUAAGUUCAAUGACCUCAAUUCCCUGGCCACGCUGCUCAUCCAGACGGUCAACAGCAGCGCCAACGAGUCCAGCAGUCGUUCGCCCGAAAACAAAUACGACACGGAUGAUUUGCAAAGUACUCCAGUUGCUUCAAGUGCAGCAGCAGCAGCAAUAGCUGCUCCUGCUGCCGCUAAAACUCCAGGUCCAGCGCCUUGCACAGCACCUGAUGCUGCAUCAUCUAGGAUCAGUAGACAGCGACGCUCCAAUGCUCUACAGGUGCAUCGGGAUAGGGCUGGAAUAUUGCUCAUAAUCAAUCAGCAAAGUUUUCAUCGCAAUGUGAGCGAGGAGUUAAAGGAAUUCUUACCCACAGAGAAGCUGACGCAACGAAAUGGCACCAAUGCGGAUAAACAGCGUCUCAUUGAUGUCUUCUCGCCGCUGGGCUACGAAGUGGAGGCACACGAUAAUGUGGACCAUUUGACGAUGAUCUCCCUCAUACGCAGUGCCUGUGCCCGAUCCCAGCUCCGGGAUUCGCUGAUUGUGUGCAUAUUGUCGCAUGGAUUCGAGGGCGCCGUUUACGGUGCGGAUAGCAUACCACUGAGCAUCGAGGACGUCAAGAAUGUACUCUGCUUCGAUGAGAGUCUGCACGACAAGCCCAAGAUGUUGUUCAUCCAGGCCUGCCAGCAAAACGAGAAGAAGCUGAAAACGCGCAAUGUGAAUGCCACGACGCACUCAGCCAGCCAGUUGGCAAACAUGGUGGUGGCCAUGUCCACGGUGCCGGGAUUUGUUGCUCUACGGCACAGCGUGCAGGGCAGUUGGUUCAUCCAGACGCUGUGCGACACUGUGCAGAAGCAUGCGGGGAGCGAUCACAUCCUGGACAUCCUGACCCUUGCUGCCGGACAGGUGAUCGAGAAACGCGGCGAUAAGGAUCAGAAAAUGGUGCCCAUUGUUAUCAACACGUUGACAAAGAACGUUUAUCUCUCUGAGGCCACCUGACGCGAGUCCCGCGU